AUGUUCCUGUCCGACUGCCGCCGCGACUUCUACGACGUGAUCGUGAGCCAGCGUGUUCUUCUUCUGGUUGCCUCAGAUGUUGAUGCAUUAUGUGCUUGUAAAAUACUCCAAGCUUUAUUUCAAUGUGAUCAUGUACAGUAUACACUAGUCCCAGUGUCUGGAUGGCAAGAACUUGAAACUGCCUUUCUUGARCAUAAAGAUCAGUUUAAAUAUUUUGUUCUUAUUAAUUGUGGUGCCAAUGUUGACCUGCUGGAGAUCUUGCAGCCUGAAGAAGACGUGCUUUUUUUUGUGUGCGACAGCCACAGACCUAUCAAUGUAGUGAAUGUUUACAAUGAGACACAGAUUAAGCUAUUAGUUAAACAAGAUGAUGAUCUUGAUGUUCCUGCUUAUGACGAUAUCUUCAGAGAUGAAGAGGAUGAAGAAGAGGACUCUGGUAAUGAAAGUGACGGAUCAGAACCUUCAGAGAAGCGCAGACGAUUUGAGGAGGAUGUAAUAGAGAGAACAAUGAGAAGACGACAAAAGCGAGAAUGGGAGGCACGCAGACGAGAAAUUCUUUUUGAUUAUGAGCAAUAUGAAUAUCAUGGGACCUCAUCUGCAAUGGUGAUGUUUGAUCUAGCAUGGAUAAUGUCUAAAGACUUGAAUGACAUGUUGUGGUGGGCUAUUGUUGGCUUAACAGAUCAGUGGGUCCAGGAUAAAAUUACUCAGAUGAAGUAUGUGACUGAUAUUGGAAUACUACAGCGUCACGUAUCUCGCCAUAACCACCGCAACGAGGAUGAAGAAAAUUCCCUAUCAAUUGAUUGUAUGCGAAUAGCAUUUGAAUACGAUCUGCGCCUGGCACUUUACCAGCACUGGUCUCUGUAUGAAAGUCUCUGUAAUACUUCUUAUACCUCUGCUUGCCUCAAACUUUGGUCUGUGCAAGGGCAGAAGAGACUCCAGGAGUUUUUGGCUGAUAUGGGUUUGCCUUUGAAGCAGGUGAAGCAGAAGUUUAAUUCCAUGGACAUUUCUUUAAAAGAAAAUCUUCGUGAAAUGAUUGAAGAAUCUGCCAACAAGUUUGGAAUGAAGGAUCUAAGAGUUCAGACCUUCAGCAUUCACUUUGGCUUUAAGAACAAAUUCUUAGCAAGUGAUAUAGUUUAUGCAACAACUUCUCUCAUGGAGAAUAUAGAGAAAGAGGGUCCUGAAACUGAUAACUUUAUUAAAGCUUUGGACAGUCUCUCCAGGAGUAACCUGGACAAACUGCAUCAAGGGCUGGACCUAGCCAAAAAGCAGUUGCGGGCCAUUCAGCAGACAGUAGCCAGCUGUAUUUGUACCAACCUUGUAAUUUCUCAAGGGCCUUUUCUCUAUUGUUCUCUCAUGGAGGGCACACCUGAUGUGAAACUAUUUUCCAAACCAGUAUCUCUGUGCCUGCUUAGUAAAUACUUACUCAAGUCCUUUGUUUGUUCUACAAAAAACAAGCGCUGUAAAUUGCUGCCGCUCGUAAUGGCUGCGCCAAUGGAUGUUGAACAAGGAACUGUGAUCAUGGUGGGGAUUCCUCCUGAGACAGAAAGCUCUGACAAAAAGAACUUUUUUGGGAGAGCAUUUGARAAAGCUGCAGAGAGUACCAAUUCUAGGACGUUGCACAACCAUUUUGAUAUGUCAAUAAUUGAGUUGAAAACAGAAGACCGGAGUAAAUUUCUGGAUGCCCUAAUUUCUCUCCUCUCCUAAUGUGAUGCUAUUUGGUGCCUUGUGCUGGAAGCCGAGGAUCAGAUACGCUGGAAAUAUCCUGAAUAUUUUGAGGUUCUUGGUGCUGCAAUUGUGAUGAAGCAUCUUGUUUUAUUCUUGAUUACUGCUACAGACUUGGGCUGUUGUCUUUGUCCCUUGGGAAGGCAAAAGGAUUUUAACCUUAACAUGAGAGCACUGAACACUGCUGCUUCCUAUAGACCUCAUCUUCAUAAUAGCAAAAGGUGUUAACAGGAUUGUUUAUAAACUGAAUUUGUCUGCCAAACGUUUUUCUAGUAGAUAUGCUCUUGUGAUGUCUAGAUAUUGGAUAAUAAUCAAAACUAGGUUUUGAAGAAGGUCCUAUAUUUAGUAAUUUUACCUUUCAAAUGUUAUUUUAAAUAAUUAUUGAAUUCUGUUUUUAAGACACUUUYAGAAAAGUGAAUUUCUUUGAUACUGGAAUUCUUUAAGCAUUACUAGGUUGAGGUCUUAUGGUUUAAUUGAAAUAAUUGUUUUAUGGGGGAAGUUUUGAGAUUUUAAGGCUUUUAAAAUGUGAGUGCUGAGUAGUUUCCAAAUACAGAAUGAAAGAAUCCUAUAAAUACUAUGAAAUGAUGAUGCCAUCUUAAUAAAAUCUUCCAGAAGGGAGAAUUCCAUUGUCAGCAAAGUAUCCUUAGUUAGAUGAUACUGCAUUGUCACCUGUAGCUUCAUUUUGGGAAUAAUUUUCUUGGACACAAUCUAAAAUAUUGUUAUAAUACUGUAGGCCACAUGCACUUGUAGAUAUUGACGUGAAAGAUUGAUUCUGUUACCUAGCAAGAUUCAUUUCGUUUUGGUCAUAUGAAAUAGUACUGCUUGUUAGACUUGCCCUGCUGUCCAUUGGGUGGACAUGUAUAUAUGUAUAUUUGGAAUUCUUUUUCUUCUUUUGGUGUUUGCUUGAAUUCUGUAUGACUUUAAUAUUUUUAUGUAUCAUAAUGAAUAUGUAAACAUUUUGUACUGUUGUUGCAUCACUGUACAGAUUUUUAAUACAGAUUAACUUAAUAUCACUUGUGARUUAGAUGUAGCCAACAGGAAAUUCAUUAAACUCUGU